AUGGAACAUUUAUUGGUUGAAUUAAAUGAUUUACCAGAUGAAAUUUUGUUGAUGAUUUUCAAAAAAUUGAAUAACGUUUCAUUAUUAUGUUCGUUAAUAAGUGUUAAUCGACGACUUAAUACAAUUGUACGUGAUCCAAUAUUUACAUGUCAUUUAAAACUAAUGAGACAUUCUCCGAAUGAUUCUAUUGGUCCAUUACCUGAUACAACUCUUGAUCGUUUAUGUUCGGAAAUUUUACCUGAAAUUCGUAAUCAAAUUCAACGACUUGAUCUUGAAUCGUCAUCUAUUGAACGUAUAUUACUUGCUACAAAUUAUCCGAAUUUAUAUGGACUUGGCUUAUUUAAUCUUGACACAGAAACAGCUUUAUCUCUAUUCGGAGAUCAAUCCUCAUUAAUGCAUAUAAAUAAAAAUCAAAUCUCAUUUCUGAUUAUUAAUAUAACUGAAAUUAUAAAUGAAAGAUCAAUGGAACAUCCAAAGACGUUUGUAUUUACACAGAUCUUUAUUCAAUAUCCUAAUUUACAAUAUUUGAAUUUUGGUCCAUCUUCAACUUUGUAUAGACAUUUAUCAUUUUCUAAUUCAUCUCCAAUUUGUAUAUCUUCAAAUCUAUUAGAACUACAUGUCUCUUUGUCUAAUUUUACCGACUGUCUUUAUAUACUCGAUGGACGUUUUAAUCAACUUCGUAUUUUUCAUGUUAAUAUUUCUUCUAUAUACGCUGCAGAUAAAAAAGUUGCUAAAGAGGAAAAAUUAUUGAAUUUAAAAUGCUUUUCGUUACACUGUGAUGAGUUUACAAAUGUUUAUAAUGAAUUUAUUUUACCACUUGUAUGUCGAAUGUCAAACUUGGAGAACCUUGAUUUAAAUCUUCUUCUUCACGUAAAAGAAAAAUUUAUUGAUGGAAAUGAUUUAAAGAAAAAUCUUAUCAAUCAUAUGACACGAUUAGAAAAGUUUACAUUUAAUAUUUACUCAAUUUUGCUUGAUUGUAAUCAAAUUGAUUUACAACCACUUGAAUACAUACAAAAUACAUUUAAUAAUUUUAAAUAUAAUCAAAUUAUUUGUUCUGUAGAUUACUGUGAAACACGAGGUAGCCGGUGUCGAAUUUAUUCAUAUCCAUAUAAAUUGAAAUUUUACAAUGAUAUAACAAAUAAUUUUUCAGGUGAAUUAUUCACAUAUGUUCGUCGAAUAUCAUUAUCGGAUAAAAAUCCAUUUGAACACGAAUUUUUUCUUCGAAUUGAGAAAUCAUUUCCAUUUGUAGAGAAAAUUUCUAUGCGCAAUUUUCAACCACAAAAUAACAAAUUAUGUACAGAAUCAAAUGAUGAUAAUCAGCAUUGGUCAAUUGUGAAAUAUUCUCAUCUUACUAAUCUUACACUUAAUACAGUUCAUGAUGAUUAUGUUGAACAAUUUUUAGACAAUAGAAAAGUAUGUUUACCCAAUAAUGUUCAUCUUGACAUCGGUUAUGAACAAUUAAAAAGAGUGACAAACAAUUUUACAAGAAAUAUAACACAAAUCAAUUGUAGAAAAUUAAAAUCUAUGUGUUUAUAUGGUGAUGAAAUUUCUCAACAUGUCAAAGAUUAUUUUCCUCAUACAGAAAUAAUCUGCUUAUAA